CUACCUACUUGUGCAUAUUUACCAUAAACCAUGGCCAAUCUUUUCACCGUUGCACUUGUGCUAACUCAACUAGUGAGCUUCCUAUCGGUGACUGGUGCUCGUCGGCUCUUCCGGUCGUGCAAUGACGUUCCAGCCGUUUCCGGAAUCUACGACAUUCGGCCGAUUAAUGCAACGGAAUCGUUCGAGGUAUACUGUGAGCAGGGUUUCGGUGGGCGGUGGCUGGUGCUUCAAAAUCGAUAUGAUGGAUCGGAGAGCUUCAAUCGCAGUUGGGCGGAUUAUAAGAGCGGAUUCGGGGUAAUUGGAAACGAGUUCUGGCUCGGAUUGGACAAGCUGCACCAGAUUACAUCCGCUGAUGAGUACGAGCUGAUGGUGUGGAUGGGUGACUUCAAAGAUUUCGAAGCACAUCAGAAGUACAAACUGUUUGCGGUAGCCAAUGAAGCGGAUAAUUAUCGACUUACGCUGGAUGGAUGGCGGGAUGGGACUGCAGGGGAGUCGCAUUAUGUAUAUCGUGAUCAGCAAUUUACCACCUUUGACAGGGAUAACGAUAAGUCUAUUAUGAAUUGUGCCGUCGAGAUGGGGAGUGGCUACUGGCAUUUAGACUGUGGAACUGGCAUUAAUAGAAACAACUUGAAUGGCAUAUACAGCGAGGAAGUUUUGAACUGCAGUCGAGGCAUGUGGUGGGGUGGUUUUGGAGCCGAACAGAAUCCACUUAAAUGGACUAAAAUGAUGAUUCGGACUCGCGUCAGUUAUUAAAUUAAAUACAUUUUCCUGAUUGGUAAAUACUG